CUACCAUUUUGCGCGUCAGAUCACAGGGCACACCAGCGUCAGUAUCCGUUUUUUUAUUGAGUGCAUAAAAAGAUCGUGCAUUUCAAAUGGAAUCCGUGCACUAUCGCACAAGUAACCACAAGUGACCUCUGUAAAUUGUUUGGUAUUCUCUGCUCAGCAUAGCUUUCGUCGAUGCAACUUACUUUGAUGUCAGCGAUCGUCAGUGAUGGACGUAAAAUUUGAAUUUUGAACGUUAGGAAGCUGACCUGAUUUACGUGUUUGCAUACACUGUUCUGUUUGGCGUCGGUAUUUGAUUUCAUAAGAAAAGCGAUGUCGUCUGCUCAGAAUGAUGAACUGCCAGAAGAUGUGUGUUUGGUCCGCCCGGGAUGCCCAAGAGAAUAUCAAAGUGCUGUUGAAAAUUUAUCUAGACGCAUGCUUGAGCACAUUGCUGCCCGAAAUGGAAAGCCUAAGAAGUGGACUAUUGAAGACUUCGAGAUAGGAUGUCCGCUAGGCAGAGGUAAAUUUGGCAGAGUGUAUUUGGCCCGUGAUAAAUAUUGUCAUUUAAUUGUGGCCAUCAAAGUGUUAUACAAGUCAGAAAUAAGGGAGCAUAGAGUUGAACAUCAGGUGCUGAGAGAAAUCGAGAUUCAAACUCAUCUGAAGCACCCCAAUAUCUUACGCCUGAGAACCUACUUCGAUGAUGAAAAACGGAUAUAUCUGGUGCUGGAUUAUGCAGAAGAAGGAGAGCUGUACAGAUGUUUGCAGAACUCACAAAAUCAUAGAUUUUCUGAGAGGAGGGCAGCAAAAUAUAUUUAUCAGGUUGCAGAUGCUCUGAAUUAUUGUCAUCUGAACAAAGUAAUUCAUCGAGAUAUCAAACCAGAAAAUCUCUUGCUCAUGUCAACUGGUGACAUCGUUCUUGCAGAUUUUGGCUGGUCUGUUCAUGCCCCAUCUUCCAGACGCAAAACCAUGUGUGGAACUUUGGAUUACUUGCCUCCUGAGAUGAUAGAAGGCAGAACAUAUAAUGAGUAUGUGGAUCAUUGGUGUGUUGGCGUGCUGUGUUACGAGUUUCUGGUUGGGAGACCACCAUUUGAAUCCAGCGAUACAAAUAAAACAUACUCCCGUAUACAAAAUGUGGACCUAAACUUCCCUAACUGUGUGGCAGAAGGAGCAAAAGACUUAAUCAGCAAGUUACUUCGUCGAUGCCCCAGUGAGCGCCUGCCAUUGCCAGAUGUCAUGAAACACCCUUGGAUUGUGAACAACAGAGAAAAAUAGAUGAACUGUUGCAUGUAUGACUUCUGUGUAUUUGUAACUGAAAAAUCAGUCAGCUGAAAUGAAGUAUGUGUCAUGACUAUCUCAAUUGUCACUCCAUAAGGUAACUGAUGUGAACUCCAGUUUCUUUUGUCAUGCCUUAAUUCUAACUUGGUUAUAUGAUAAACAGUAUUGCAUUUUAAACUUGUAAUUUUACAUACAUAUAUAUUUCAUUUCAUUUCAUUUAUUUACAUGUCAGAAAUCCUUUACAAGGUCAUAAGACUCAGGAUAUAGACAAUAGUCCAAUAUAACAAUUAAAUAUAAUAAUUACAAAAAAUAAUAAUACAUGUUAAAAUAUUUAUGUAAACAUAAUUUUAAAAUUAUAAAACUUGUAAUUUAACUUUUCAUUAAUUAAGUAUUUAAUCCCAAUGAAAUCAAUUAUCAAUCUUCUUAACUGUGUAAUCAAAAAAUUCAUCAAUACAAUAAAAUGAAUGUAAAUGGAGAAAUUGUAAUAGUGCUUUCUUGAAUCGAUUUUUGUUUUUGGAUAACUGUUUUAUUUUGCGUGGAAGACUAUUAUAAAUUUUGAUUCCAAAAUACUGUGGACCUUUCUGAAAUGCUGUUAGAUUUGACGAGGGGAGAUGCAAAUUUGAACUAUUUCUUGUUACAGUUGUAUAUAUAUCUGAAUUUUCUGCAAAUAAAUCCAUAUUAUUAACUACAAACAUCAUCAAAGAAUAUAUAUAUUGAGAGGGCAGUGGUAAUAUUUUCAAUUGUCUAAAGAUUUUUUUACAUGAAUCUCUGUUUCCAGCUCCCACCAUUAUUCGAACAGCUCUCUUCUGCAAUUUAAAAAUGCACAUACUGAGAGUUCUAUGUCCCCAAAAAAUCAAACCGUAAGACAUCACUGAGUGGAAAAAGGCGUAAUACACCAUUUUAAGGGCAUCAAUAUUUAAAUACUGUUUGGUUUUCCUAAUUAUGUAACAGGCUUUAUUUAAUUUACCUAUAAUUGAAUCUAUAUGCUUUUUCCAAGAUAUAUAUAUAUAUAUAACUACAACAACAGAUUUCCAUACCAGUGGCAGAAUUUCUCUCUUGCAGCAGAAAUGUCAUUUCAAAAUUGAAGAGAUGGAUUCAUUUUAAUAUAUUGUAAGUCAAUUUGUACAUCUUAUAGCAAUGCCUGAACUUAAGUCUCAUUUUUAACCCCUGUUUGAUGACUGAUGGGAGAGUUUCCAAGGUCUUAUUCAUGAGCCAGUAAUAUGAAAUGUGAGAUGCUUUUCAGACUAUUGUGUGUGUGUAAAUCCUUCAAGAAAGAGUCAAGUGAUGCAUGUGCCACGGAUAUACUGAUAGCAAACUCAAAGUGAAGCAUAAAUUGAUGUCAAAAAGAGAACAGUUUUCCUCCUCAGAUGUUCCUAUUCUAUGUGGGUCAUCUAGCAUUGAGACCUCUUUUUCUCUGCCUUCUCAAAGCUGAUGCUCGUUUUCCUCCCAUGCCCUUCCUUUCUUCUACACGAUAUCUUUCCUAAUUUGUUCCUAUCUUGAUCUUUCUGUUGGGAAUCUUAUUUUAGCUUCAUAUUCAGAACAAGAGCCAGGAUAGCCCAGUCAGUAGAGCAACUGGCUAUGGGCUGAAUCUUUAUGUUCCAUGGAAUGUUGGGAAAUUCUUGAAUGGCUAAGCAACUGGCACCUUCUCAAGAAGGGCUCAGCUCCAUAAGGUUAGUUAUGUCCCAACCAAAUCACUCAUUACAUUAUGUACCGUGGAAGUGACUACUGACAUGGAAGAGUGUUUUAUGUUAUCCUUCACCUUAACUGAGUAACUGCGAUACAUGCGGAGGCUUGAAGGGGAUAAGAAGUAUGGUCUUCCGAGUCGUAAUGGUCUGUAGUUCAGAGAGAGCCCAAUGUUUUAGAGAAAGAUAUCACCUCUAUCUUCAGGGUCUAAGAAAAGUGAAUAAAUUGUAUUUGAUUUGACAGUUUUCACCAGUUCCAUCUUUUGGUGGGCAAAGAUUUGUACAUUCAUAUUUGACAGAAAUAAUAAAAUCUCAUUCACAGACA